GCCAAACAAAAGUAAGACAAAUGCGGGGAGACAAUAAAAAAAAAGGUACGCGAAAAGGAAAGAGUAAGAAAGUGAGGGAAGGUUUUUAUGUGUAUAAGCCCUGAUGUUCUUUGUAAAGAUCAAGAUUGUGGGAUAUUCGAACAGCGCUCUAUCAGCUCUCUCUCUUUAUUACUAACACAUAUACAAAAUUAUUAUGAGCAACAACGACGACAACGACAAGGUGGUACCGUCAGGCGAGCUUGUUCUUCAUUUAAACGAAAUUACACGCGAUCCAAAGGCUAAUGUCGGUCGAUCUGUACGAGUCAAAGGCUUUUUAAAAGAAUUCCAACCUGCAAAUAAUCGAGCCGUCUUGGAAUAUGAAGAUGCAGAAUUACAUUUGAACACGGAUAUCAUUGAUCCGUUUCCGUUUGCGCUCGGCAGAUUGAUUGAAUGUAUUGGAGAGCUUGAUCUCGACAAUGAUGAUAAUGAGGAACAGCAGCAAAAUCAAGCAGUAUUAGUCCUUCGACCACGCAUUGCGCGUGAUAUCGAUACGCUGGAUAUGAAAUUGUUUGAAAAGGCAGGCCAAUAUAAACGCCAAUAUCUAGAAAAAUUCAAGUCUACCAGCACCCCUUCUCCUUCUCGACAAUUACAUGAAACUAGGUGAUUAGCCAUAGCAUUCUUAUUCAAAAUAUACCAACACUUGCAUCUUUCGUUUAGAAAAACACAUGACCGGAUGAUGCUGGAUGAUACUGGAUGAGAUUGUGUACAAAUGUUACGUUUUACUUGUCGGUAUAGCAAUGAAAAUUUAGGCAUCACUCUUGAAUCUCUACCCCAAACUAUAUUGAUACUCCGGUAUACUCUCCCCUC